AUGGCGAUGGGAAUCGACCGCCUCGAGAAGAGACUGGACAGGUUGGAGAGGUUUUUUCCACAGAAAGAGGAAGCUGUCUCCGCGGAACUCGACGAUUAUCGAGAGUGGAUCGCUUUCACACUCGGCGUCAACUCCAACUAUCCAACAAUUUCCAACACCGUCCUUCAUCAGACCGACCUCAACUCGCAUGCUGGCCAGGGAGGAGGUGACCUUGACGUCCCAGUGUGCCCGACGUACCAAGAGCCUCCCCGACUCCCCAAGCGUCGCAUUCAGGGCCCUUCGGUACCUCAGCGGUCUUCUUCUCUGGUCAGCAGACAAAAGGAUGCCUCUUUAGCGGAGCUCCUCGAGUUUAGCUUCUCAGGUCGCUCUACAAAGAGCCAUGAUGAGCUAUCUGCUUUAUCCAUGCGCCGCUCGAGGUCUGGUCACAAGUCACCUUCACGCUCGACUUCUAUAUCGAUUUCCCCGAGAGCGCAGCCACGCAGAAAACGCAAUCCUGAUCUACACAUCCACACACAUCUACAAACCCCUCCUCCGUCCGCGCAGCAAGAUAAAUCUUUUGAUUCAAUGCUCUCUUUGUCGUUGACGUCUCUUUCGCACGGGCAACUUACUCCGGCCGCCUCUCCAAGGCUUAUCCCGCUCCCUGCUCCAGAGCCAAACGAGCUACAUGAGAUUCCUUCGUCACAGCCGGGGAGCCCUCGCAGCCGGACUGUUACUCCUGUCCGCAAAAAGCCCAUCUUGGAGUUGAAGACUCCGGCCAGCAGGCUUAGCACGGCGAGGUCGACCCCAUCCAUCAGGGUCAACACCAUCCUUAGGGAGCCCAGCUUCGAUGACUUUUUGACCCUCAGCGAUGAUGAUAUCGCUGACGAGCUUACCAACGAGCAAUUGCUGUCGCAAACAAGUCAUAUGACAUGUUCAGAGCCUUCAAGCAACCAUCUGCCUCUGAAUCGUCUCGGUUCAAUUUUCUCUGCGCACAUGGCGCCCGAAAACUACCCCAUGCUGACACUUUCCCCGCCUCUGGCCAGCAAGCCUGCUACUAUGGCAGCCUUUGAAGCUGCUCGGAUUGCGUCAAAAUAUCACUUUGACCUCGUUUAUGUGGUCAACCUGUGGCCCAGUCAGAAUGGCUGCAGCCAGCUGAAUGGUUUCUCAAAGAGAUCAUCCAUGUCGUCGCUCUCAACAUCAACAACCCUUCUCAACUCUCCUUCAUCCCCCAGCGCGUCGUUCUCCGCCAUGUCGACAGAUGACAACACCGGACUGCCGUUUUCGCUAGCUCAUGAUUUUCGACCUAUGACUGGUCGUUUAUUAGCAGCGUACGGGCUACACUCUCUCGAGAACCCAUUUCGCAUCUCAGCACCAACCCACCGAAAGAUUCUUGGGUGUAAUGAGUGGCUGGAAUACCGCAACCCCGAUGUGGCUGAAAAUGAUUUUGCUUUGGGUUAUAACUGCUCAUUCUACACUGGGUACACUCCGCCGAGGCCUUUCAGCGUGCUUGGUGAAAAAGCAAGCACUAGCAGCGUGAAGAACCACGGGAUUGUGUUUGCAGCAUAUCGCCUGUCGAGCAAUGCUGCUGCCAAAACCGGAAGCAGCAAGAAAGAGCUGAAAGAGCUUCGCAAUGAUGCCGAGUCGCUGGUAAAUAUGGCACUCGAUACUUAUAUGGAUCACAAGAGGGAACGGGGAGACGGGACGUGGAGGUGCACCCUGGAUAACGAUAAAAUCGUGCCAGUGGUCAGUCGACAGUUGCUCGUUCGUUAA